GAACAUUACAGGUGAACAGGUAGUCUGGUGCUGAAGGUCACAGUGAACAGUACUGGACGCGUACGGUCCCGAACCGACUUUGUGACCGCUGGAGAGUCCGAGAGACAGUGUGUGUGAGGGACUUAUUGAGCUCGCCUGGAACUUGGAGGCGCGCCAAGUCUCCUCCGUGUUGACUUAGAAACUUUGAGAGAGAGAGAAAGACAGACUCUGGUGCAAGAUGAAGUCGACGAGUACAGACGACCCAAAGAUGGAGACGCGGGUGCUGAUGCCGUCCGAGUUCUCGCUGGUGGUCACCGCUCGCCCGCUGCCGCCGCUGGACCGCCUGGUGCCCGCCGAGGACUGUAUCAAAGUGUGUGCGACCCGCCGCCUGCCCGCGCAGACCCGCUACCUCCCCUUCAGCGGCACCGUCAGAGCAGAUAACCUGCCUCUCCUGCCGUACCUCCCGCCCAUGGACGUCAGGUCCCGCUACGGCGGCUACGACUCCGUGGACGAGGACGGCCGACGGACGUGCAACUGGGUGCGCUUCCUCAAGGUGGCGCCCUUCUACAGCCACGAGGUCAACCUCGUGGGGCGGCGAGCGGGUCCCCGCGGCGACGUGGUGUUCGAGGUCGUGCAGGAGAUCCAGGCCGGCGGCGAGCUCCUGGCCUUCCUGCUGCCGGACAUGAGCGGCGAGAACUCGCUGCUCCUGCCGGCGCUGUCGCUGAUCCGCUCCUCGCUCUACCGUCGCACCAUCGACUCCAUCAUGGCGGAGGCGCCGCUCGACCUCUCGCGCUCCCUGCUCACGUCGCCGCCGCCACGCGUCGCCGCCACAGCCGCCAUGUCGCGGGACUCGGACGACGCCUCGCCCUCCUCGUCGUCGCCGUCGCCGUCGUCGUCGCCUGCGUCGUCCACCUCCUCUACCUCGUCGUCGUUCUCGCCGUCGUCGGCGGCGGUGUUCCACGUCGCGCAGCCACAGUUCGGACUGUCACCGCGCCUGCCGCUCAGCCUGGCGCCGCAGUCGCCGUCGGCCAUGUCCACCGGCAGCUCCUCCAGCCUGCAGAACAGCGCCGUGUCUCCGCCGUUGGCGCCGCCCAAGCGCCGCGAGCGGACGAUGCUGCCGUGCUCGGAGUGCGGGAAGGCGUUCGACCGGCCGUCGCUGCUCAAGCGACACAUCCGGACACACACUGGCGAAAAGCCCCAUGUGUGCGACGUGUGCGGCAAGGGCUUCUCGACCAGCUCGUCCCUCAACACCCACCGCAGGAUCCACAGCGGCGAGAAGCCCCACCAGUGCGGCGUGUGCGGCAAGAGGUUCACGGCCUCGUCCAACCUCUACUACCACAAGAUGACCCACGUCAAGGAGAAGCCGCACAAGUGCUCGCUGUGCACGCGCUCCUUCCCGACGCCCGGCGACCUCCGCUCGCACAUGUUCGUGCACAACGGCCAGUGGCCCCACAAGUGCUCCGUCUGCGGCAAGGGAUUCAGCAAGCUCACCAACCUGCGCAACCACGCGCUCCUCCACUCGGCCAAGGCUCGAGUUCCUCCUCCGGCAGCGCCUGUGUCGCCCUCCUCCGCCUCCCUGUAGCCCUCCCCUUGCCCCCGCCCCCACACACGCCCUUCGCCCUCCCCCUGAAGGGCCGCCAUUGGUCUCCUUCCGAACGCAAGACGCCACAAGAAUCUCCAACAGUCACGCCAAACAUGACACAAAGCCAAAUAGAGUC